CUCGGCGGAGAGAGCUCAGUUCGAGUUGAGAUCUUGCAACGCACACACACCGCUCCGCCUACGCAAUUGCACGCCAAGUGUUCCUCCGCCCAAGUGAAACAGUGAUUUUUCUCAUAUAAGAAUAAGAAACAACGAUUAUGUCGACAAUUAACAUGCAUCCACCGCAAACGUACUCGCGCCUGUUCCGUCCCUGGGAUACGCAACGCCAGAUUCCAGCAGCGCCCGCCAGGGCCGUGAAACGUGAACGUGAGCCCGAAACAGUGACCAUCAAAACGGAGCUGCCCAGCAGCAGUAGCUGCUGCUAUGGACAGGAUAGCGACCGCGAGUCCUCCUCAUCCUCAUCGAGCAGCAGCUGCAGGAGCAGCAGCAGCAGUAAAUCCAGCUAUGAGGAUGGCCUAAACAACAGCUACACACGGACAUCGACUCCUCUGCUAGAUGCCACGCCCCAGCCAACAUUUCCAGCCUCCUCAGCUGUGGCGCCACAGCAGCUGUCGCCGCAGCCAGCGCCAUUCAUGCCCGCCAACGACUUGUACUAUGCCGCCGCAGCAGCUGCGGCCGCUGCCGCCGCCAAUACCCCAGCCGCUGCUGCCUUUGGCAUGGACCCGUUCACGCUGGGCCUGAUGGAGCAGGAGUACGCUCGUGUCAUGGCCGAGGAUGCCCAGCUGAAGGCACUGAAUGCCCGCAAGCAGCGCCCAAAGAAAUUCAAGUGCCCCCACUGCGACGUAGCCUUCUCAAACAAUGGCCAGCUGAAGGGACACAUCCGCAUUCAUACCGGCGAACGACCAUUCAAAUGCGACGUAGAAACCUGCGGCAAGACCUUCACACGCAACGAGGAGCUGACCCGGCACAAGCGCAUUCAUUCCGGUCUGCGUCCGUAUCCGUGCAGCGCCUGUGGCAAGAAGUUCGGACGGCGUGACCACCUCAAGAAGCACAUGAAGACGCAUAUGCCGCAAGAGCGUCAGCUGGGACCGGCCAUCUUUAUGCCCAUGUAUCCAUAUCUCUAUGGCUACUAAGCAGCUGACCCCCGACCCCAGCCCCAGCCACAACCUCAGCUACAACUACAGCUACAGCUUCAGCGAUCUGUGAAGCGCUUGCACGCAUUAAAAACGCAACAAACAACUACCAACAAACCAACUAAGCAACAACAACAACAAAUAACUCAAUGCCGGCCAAUACUCUAGCUCUGUGCAUCUACCUCAGGCGUACCUGGCGCAUCAAGGCGCACUUAAACCAACUACCUCAGCACCAAUCUAUGCAAACAAUCAUAAAGACGAUACAGAUAGAUAUCCAUGACGAUAUAUGCAAAUAUUGAGCUAUUUAUUUUAUAAUGAAUAUUUACAUUUCCACUACGUGACGUGAGGUAGAAGCGUCGUAAAAAACCCACACUUGUGUAAAUAAAUCCUUAAGUGAUCCUUUCUCCUAUGCUAAGCGAUUAAGAGUUUUAAGAGACAUCUACAUUUAUAUAUACAUAUAUAAGAAUAUUUUUCACAUUUUUACAUGCUGAAUGCGGUUAAUAGCAAUAUACGAUUUACAUUUAAAUGCCUAGUUAAAUAUUCAGAGCUAUAAUAUACGAUUUAUGUUUACAA